AUGGAGUCGAAUAGUCAUAGUGCUACAGAUGAGGUUCUUGUCUCACAAAACGGCAAAAGGAAGAGGAAAGGGUACUUGCCAACUGAGUUGGUGAAGAUCCUCCAUGUCUGGCUGUAUGAGCACCGGUUUAAAGCCUAUCCUUCAAAGGUAGAGAGGUGUAUGCUGAUGGAGCAGAUAAGUUUGUCUUUUCCGCAGUUUUCUAACUGGUUCAUCAAUGCCCACAGACGCAUUCUUCAGGAAAUGCUUCUACAGGAUAUAAGUGACCCCAACCUGAUUACCAUGUACCACCAGAAAGGCAAUGCUGAUGAUGUAACCCACCCGCAAAGUGGCUAUCCAUCUGUUGAUGCCAAGUCAGGGCUCAGAGCUGCAGACAAGAUAAAAUGUCUGUCCCUGAGCCCCUCGCUGAUGAUCCAGGGAUCAGGGAAACUGCCAAAUCUAGAGAUGGUCCCAGGCCAGAGGCUCACCCCUAAGGCCCAGAUAAAUGAAAAGGUCGUGAUUUUCACCAGUGGGCCCUUGCUUAUACCUUCUCCCAAACCUGUGGUGACAGGGGAAUACAAGGACUUCAGCAGCACCUAG